AUGGAGAAGCCCCCGAGCACUCCAGAUAUGGAUGCUCGUGAAACUGAGGAGAUGGCGAAUUCUGUGCUUCUGAAUUGUCCACUCCCUAAUGCUGAGAGGAACGAUGAAAGACUCCCAGAAGGGGAUGGUAGCGACAAGCUUCCAAAAGAGGGAGGCGACGAGAAGCUUCCUGAGGAGACCCCAACAGGGAAUACAGUGGGAAGAGUCGAGGAUGUGCCGCAAAAGGUAGUCUCUGAGGUGCAGGCGACUACUUCUCAGGUUUCAUCGGGAAGUGCCAUGCCUCAGGAGAAGGUGAAGCUUGCUUACAAGCUGUUGGGGGAGGUAUUAGAGCAGGAGAGCAGCCAGCCCCAGGACAAUUCAGAGCUAAAUGCUCUGAGAGAGCAGGUGAAGAAGCUAUCGUCCAAGAAGGCUGCCUUCCAAGAGAAAAUCAAGAAACUCUCCAAGGCCAAAAAAGAUGAAAUUGAAAAGCUCAAAAAGAUAAAGGUGGAUUCUGACCAGGAGAUGGCGACAAUCCUCAAGCAACUUAAGGACCUGUCAAAAUACCGAGACUUGAUACAGCAGGAGCUCGAAGAACUGAGAGAUGUGAAGGAUGCUGCUCAAGACGUGGCAGGCCUUGUGGAGAUCCCAGAGGGGAAUGAAGACGAACCACUCAUGUUGGUGGGAAGGCUUCGUAAAGUACCUGAAAACUUUGAAAGAGAUGUAAUCCUGGAGGGGAACGUGGAGGCUGAGGAUAGUUCGGCCUCCAAAUCAGAGCUGGAAAAGCCCCCGAGUACUCCAGACAUUAGUGCUCAAGAUGCGGAGGUGAUGGCCAACUCCAUGCUUCGAGAUUCUUCAUUGCCGAACUUGGAGAGGGGCAAUGAGGAAAUCCCGGAAGGUGACAGAAGUGGCAAACUUCCUGAAGGGGGAGAAGGCAAAAAGCUUUCUGAAGGAGGCACUGAUGAACAGCCCGAGAAGACCCCUGUAGACUCCCAAACCACAGGGAAGGCUGCAGGGAGAGCUGAAGAUGUGCCCAAAAGGGUCGUAGCUGAGGUGCUGGCGAGUACUUCCCAGGAAGCGAUGGGACGGAAGGGUAGCCAGACCCAGGAUGAGGCAGAGCUGAAUGCCCUGAAAGAGAGGACGCUCUCGUCUGAGAAGACUGCUCUUGAGGGAAAGCUGAAGAAACUCUCCCAGUCUAAGAAAGGCUAG